AUGUUGUCCAUGGGAGGGGUUAUAUAUAGAUGUGUCCAUCUGGAGGAGGUAAAUAGAUGUUUGUCCAUAUGGAGAGGUGUAUUAGAUGUUGUCCAUAUGGAGGCAGGGGAUAUAGAUGUUGUCCAUGUGGAGGAGGUGUAUAUAGAUGUUGUCCAUGUGGAGGAGGUAUAUAUAGAUGUUGUCCGUGUGGAGGAGGUGUAUAUAGAUGUUGUCCAUGUGGAGGAGGUGUAUAGAGUGUUUCCAUACUUGAGGAGGUGUAAUAUAGAUGUUGUCCAUAUGGAGGAGGUGUAUAUAGAUGUUGUCCAUGUGGAGGAGGUAUAUAUAGAUGUUGUCCAUAUGGAGGAGGUGUAUAUAGAUGUUGUCCAUAUGGAGGAGGUGUAUAUAGAUGUUGUCCAUGUGGAGGAGGUGUAUAUAGAUGUUGUCCAUGUGGAGGAGGUAGGAGGUAUAUAUAGAUGUUGUCCAGUGGAGGAGGUUUGUAAUAGAGUGGUCAAUAUGGACGGAGUGUUAUAUAGAUGUUGUCCAUAUGAGAGGUAUAUAAGAUGUUUGUCCAUCGUUGGAGGAGGGUGUAUAUAGAUGUUGUGUCCCAUAUGGGGAGGUUAUAUAUAGAUGGUGUCAUAUGGAGGAGGGGUUUUGUAUAUAGAUGUUGGUCCACAUGGAGGAGGUAGAUAUAGAUGUUGUCCAUAUGGAGAGGUGUAAUAGAUGUUGGUCCAUAUGGAGGAGGUAUAUAAGCUUCUCCAUGUUGGAGGAAGGUGUAUUAUGGAUGUUGUCCAUUAUGGAAAAAGGUGUAUAUAGAUGUUGCCAUGUGGGAGGAGGGUUCUAUAAGAUGGUUUGUCCAUAUGGAGAGGAGGGUGUUGUAUGGGUUGUAGAUAGAUGUGUCAUAUGGAGGAGGUUUGUAUAUAGAUGUUGUCCAUUGGAGGAAGGUUUGUUAUAGAUGUUAUCCAUAUGGGGAGGUUGUAUAUAGAUGUGUGCCAUGUGGAGGAGGUGUAUAUAGAAUGUUGUCAUGUGGAUGGAGGUAUAUAUAGAUGUUGUCAGUAUGGAGGGGUUGCUAUAGAUGUUGUCCAACAUUGGAGGGUGGUAUAUAUAGAUGUUGUCCAUUGGAGGAGGUAUAUCAUAGAUGUAGUCCAUGUUGGAGGAGGUGAGAUAGAUUGUUGUCAAUAUGGAAGGAGGUGUAUAUAGAUGUGUGUCCAUAUGGGGAGGUUGUAUAUAGAGGUUGUCCAUAUGGAGAGGGUAUAUAGAUGUUGUACAGAUGCGACCUGGAGGUGAUAUAUAGAUGUAUGUCCAUAUGGAGGAGUGGCAUAUAUAGAUGUUUGUCCUUGGAGGAGGUUUUUUGUUGUUGGAUAUAGAUGUUGUCCAUAGGAGGAGGUGGUAUAUAUAGAUGUGUCAUGUGAGGAGUGUUUGUAUAUUAGUGUUGUCCAUAUGGAGGAGGUGUAUAUAGAUGUCUGCCAUGUGGAGGAGGUUGUAUAUAGAUGUUGUCCAUAUGGAGGAGGUUUUUGUUGUUAGUGUAUUAUAGAUGUGUCCCAUGGAGGAGGUGUUAUAGAUGUGUCCAUAUGGAGGCGGCUUGUAUAUAGAUGUGUCCAUAUGGAGGAGGUGUAUCUAGUUGUUGUUCCGUAUGGAGGAGGAGGUGUAUGUAGCUGUUAUGUACAUGUGGAGAGGUGUUGUAUAAGAUGUUGUCCAUAUCGGAGGAGGUUAUAUAUAGAUGUUGUUCCAGUGGAGGAGGUUUGUAUAUAGAUGUGCUUGCCAAUGGAGGAGGUUGUAUAUAGCUGUUGUCCAGGUGGAGGAGGUAUUAUAAGAUGUGCCAUAUGGGAGGAGGUGUAUUAUAGAUGUGUCCAUGGAGGACUGAGGUUAUCUAGAUUGUGUCCAUAUGGAGGAGGGUAGUUAGAUGGGGUCCAUAUGGAGAGGGCGUUUUGUAUAUAGAUGUGUCACUAUGGAGGAGGUUGUGUUAUACAUGUGUCCAUGUGGAGGAGGUGUAUUAGAUUUUGUCCAUGUGGAGGGAGGUUAUAUAAGAUAGAUGUGGUCCGGGUGGAGGAGGUUGUAUUCGAUGGGUCCAUGUGGAGGAGUGUAUAUAGAGGUUGUCCCAUAUGUAAGAGGUGUAAUAGAUGUUGUCCCAUAUGGAGGAGGUGUAUAUAGAUGGUGUCCAUGUGGAGGAGGUAUAUAUAGAGUUGUCCCUAUGGAGGAGGUGUAAUAGAUGUUUUGUCCAUAUUGGAGGAGGGAGGUGUCUAUAGUGUUGUCAAUGUGGAGAGAGGUUUAUAUAUAGAUGUUGUCCAUAUGGAGGAGGUUGUUUAAUAGCUGUUUCCAUCCAUAUGGAGAGGGUCUAUCGAUGUUGUCCAUGUGGAGGAGGUUUAUUUGUAAUGAUGUUGUCCAUUGGCGGGAGGUUAUAUAGAUGUUGUCCAUGUUGAGGAGGGUGUAUAUAGAUGUUUGUCCAAUGGAGGAGGUGUAUAUAGCUGUUGUCCAUAUGGAGGAGUAUUUCAUAGAAGAUGUUGUCCAUGUGGAGGAGGUUGUGUUGUAUCUAGAUGUUGUCCAUAUGGCGGAGUAUAUAUAGAUGUUGUCCAUAUGGAGGGGGUUGUGUUGAUAAUAGAUGUUUUCCAGUGGAGGAGGUUAUAUAUAGAGUGUCCAUGUGGAGGAGGUUUGUAUAUGGAUGUGGUCCAUACUGGAGGGAGGGGUUAUAAUAUAGAAUGUUUGUCCAAUGUAGGCGGGGCUAUAGUGUUGUCAGUGGAGAGGUGUAUAUAGAUGUGUCCAUAUGGAGGAGGAUUAUAUAGAUGUUGUCAUAUGGAGGAGGUUGUAUAUAGAUGUUGUCCAUAUGGAGGAGGUAUAUAUAGAUGUUGUCCAUGUGGAGGAGGUGUAUAUGGAUGUUGUCCAUAUGGAAGAGGUGUAUAUAGAUGUUGUCCAUGUGGAGGAGGUAUAAAAAGAUGUUGUCCAUAUGGAGGAGGUUUUGUAUAUAUAGUUGUUCAUAUGGCGGAGGUGGAUAUAGAUGUUGUCCAUGUUAAGGAGGUGUAUAUAGAGGUUGUCCAUAUGGAGGAGGUGUAUAUAGAUGUUGUCCAUGUGGAGGAGGUGUAUAUAGAUGUUGUCCAUGUGGAGGAGGUGUAUAUGGAUGUUGUCCUAUGGAGGAGGUAUAUAUAGAUGUUGUCCUAUGGAGGAGGGUAAUAUAGAGGUUGUCCAUGUGGAGGAGGUUGGGUGUAUAUAGAUGUGUUCCAUAUGGAGGAGGUAGGUAUAUAUAGAUGUUGUCCAUAUGGGGAGGUGUAUAUAGAUGUUGUCAUAUGGGAGACCCGGUAUAUAUACGAUCGUUGUCCCAUGUCAUGGAGGAGGGGUAUAUGGAUGUUGUCCAUAUGGAAGACGGGUAUAUAGAUUGUGGUCCAUUGGGAGGAGGUAUAUCUCGAUGUUGUCAUAUGAGGAGGUGUAUAUAGAUGUUUGUCAAUAUGUGAGGAGGUUGAUAUAGAGUUGUCCAUGUGGAGAGGGUAUAUAGAUGUUGCCAUAUGGAGGAGGUGUAUAAGAUGUUGUCCAUGUGGAGGAGGUGUUAUAGAGUGUUCCAUGUGGAGGAGGAGUAUAUAUAGAUGUUGUCCGUAUGGAGGAGGGUGUAUAUAGAUGUUGUCACAUGGAGGGAGAGGUGUUGUAUGAGAUGUUGUCCAUAUAGAGGAGGUAUAUAUAGAUGUUGUCCAUUGGAGGAGGUGUAUAUAGGGUUGUCCAUAUGGAGGAGGUGUAUAUAGAGUUGUACAUUAUGGAGGAGGAGUAUAUAGAUGUGUCCAUCUAUGAGGAGGUAUAUAUAUAGAUGUUGUCCAUAGGGAGGAGGUGUAUAUAGAUGUGUCCAUAUGGAGGAGUUAUAUAGAGUUGGCCAUAUGGGGAGGUUUUUUUGUAUACAGAUGUUGUCCAUAUGGGGCGGGUAUAUAGAUGUUUGUACAUUGGGAGGAGGUGUCUAUAGAGUUGUCAUAUGGAGGAGGUUGUAUAUAGAUGUGUCCAUAUGGAGGGAGGUUGAUUAUAGAUGUUGUCCAUAUGGAGGAGUGUAGUAGAUGUUGUCCAUAUGGGAGGGUAUAUAGAGUUGUCAAUAUGGAGAGGUAUCUAUAGAUGUUGUCCAUAUGGAGGAGGUUGUAUAUAGAUGUCAUAUGGAGGAGGUAUAUUAUAGAUGUUGUCCAUAUGGAGGCGGUUGUAUAUAGAUUUGUCAAUAUGGAGGAGGUGUAUAUAGAUGUUGUCGUAUGGAGGAGUGUAUAUAAGUUGUUCAUUGGAGGAGGUGUAUAUAGAUGUUGUCCAUAUGGAGGAGGUAGUAUAUAGAUGUUGUCCAUAUGGAGGAGGUGUAUAUAGAUGUUGUCCAUGUGGAGGAGGUGUAUAUAGAUGUGUCCAUAUGGAGGAGGUAUAUAUAGAUGUUGUCCAUGUGGAGGAGGUGUAAUAAAUGUUGUCAUGUGGAGGAGGUGGCUAUAGAGUUGUCCAGUGGAGGAGUGUUAUAUAGAUGUUGUCAUAGGAGGAGGUGUAUAUAGAUGUUGUCCAUAUGGGGAGGUGCAUAUAAUGUUGUCCAUAUGGAGGAGGUAUAUAGAUGUUGUCCAUAUGGAGGAUGUAUAUAUAGAUGUGUCCAUAUGGAGGAGGUAUAUAUAGAUGUUGUCCAUAUGGAGGAGGUAUAUAUAGAUGUUGUCCAUAUGGAGGAGGUGUAUAUAGAUGGUGGUCCUAUUGGAGGAGUAUAUAUAGAUGUUGUCCAUUAUGGAGGGCAUUGGUAGGAGGUAUAUAUAGAUGUUGUACAUAUGAGGAGGUAUAUAUAGAUGUUGUCCAUAUGGAGGAGGUUGUGUAUAUAGAUUUGUCCAUGUGGAGGAGGUUGUUGUAAUUUAGAUGUUGCCAUAUGAGGAGUUGUAUAUAGAAGAUGUUUGUCCAUAUGGAGGAAGGGUAUCUAAUGUGUCCAUGUGGAGGAGGUUUGUAGAUAGAUGUUGUCCUAUGGAGGAGGUGUUGUUGUUUGGUAUAUAGAUGUUGUCCAUAUGGAGGGGAGGGUGUAUUAGAUGAUUUGUCCAUUAUGGAGGAGGGUGUAUAGAGAUGUUGUCCACAGGGGGAGUUGUAUAAGAUGUUGUCCAUAUGGAGGAGGUAUAUAUAGAUGUUGUCCAUAAUGGAGGAGGUGGGGAUAUAGAUGUGCCAUGUGGAGAGGUUUAUAUAUAGAUGUUGAUCCAUAGGGGAGGUUGUAUUUUUGUAUUAGGAUGUUGUCCAUAGGGAGGGGUGUAUUAUAGAUGUUGUCCCUAUGGAGGAGGUAGAUAAGAUGUUUGUCCAUAUGGAGGAGGUGUAUAUAUGAGGUCCAAUAUGGAGGAGGGUUUAUAUAUAGAUGUUGUCAAUAUGGAGGAGGUGUAUAUAGAUGUUGUUUCCCAUAGGGAGGAGGUUUGUAUAUAGAGGUUGUCCGUUUUUUUAUGGAGGAGGUGUGUUUGUAUAUAGAGGUUGUAUAUGGAGGGAGGUGGUGUUUUGUAUAUAGAUGUUGUCCAUAUGGAGGAGGUUAUAUAUAGAUGUUGUCCAUAUGGAGGAGGUGUUUGUAUAUAGAUGUUGUCCAUGUUGAGGGGUUGGAUAUGAGAUGUUGCCAUAUGGAGGGGAGUAUAUAUAGAUGUUGUCCAUGUGGAGGAGUUGUUAUAGAGUGUCCAUGUGGAGGAGUGUAUUUGUAUAUAGAUGUUGCAUGUGGAGGAGGUGUAUCUAGAUGUUGUCCAUGGAGGAGGUGAUAUAUAGAUGGUUGUACCAUAUGGAGGAGGUGCAUAUAGCUGUUGUCCAUAUGGAGGAGGUAUAUAUAGAUGUUUGAGAUGUUGUCCAUAUGGAGGAGUAAUAGAGAUGUUGUCCUAUGGAGGAGGUAGAUAUAGAUGUUGUAAAUAUGGAGGAGGUUUAUAUAUUAGAUAUUGUCCAUAUGGAGGCGGUGUAUAUAGAUGUUUCCAUAUGGAGAGGUCUAUAAUAGAUCAGAUGUUGUUUUUUCCAUUGGAGGAGGUAGAAUAGUGUGUCCAUAUGGAGGAGGUAUAAUCGAUGGUUGUCCAAUGGAGGAGGUGAUAUAGAGUGUUAGUCAUGCGUGGAGGAGGUGUUAUCGAUUUGUCCAUAUGGAGGAGGUGUUUGUAUAUAGAUGUUGUCAAUUUUUUUGAGGAGGUGAUAUAUAGAGUUGUCCAUGUGGAGGAGGGUGUAUAUAGAUGUGGUCAUAUGGAGGAGGUUAUAUAGAUGUGUCCAUAUGGAGGAGGUGUUAUUAGAUGUUGUCCAUAUGGGGAGGUGUCUGUUGUAUAUAGAUGUUGUCCACCAUGGAGGAGUUGUUAUAGAUGGUUAUGUCCAUAUGGCGGAGGUAUAUAUAGAGUUGUCCAUAGGAGGAAGGUGUUGAUAUAGAUGUUGUCCAUGUGGAGGAGGUAUAUAUAGAGUGUCCAUAGGCGAGAGGGUAUAUAGUGUUGUCCAUAUGGAGGAGGUUUGUUUGUGAUAAGAUGUUGUCUAUGGAGGAGGUAUCUAUAGAUGUUGUCCAUAUGGCGGAGGUUGUAUAUAGAUGUUUGCCAUAUGGAGGAGGGGAUAUAGAUGGUGUCCAUGUGGAGAGGUUUGUAUAUAGAUGUUGUCCAUGUGGAGGAGGUUUUGGAUAUAAUGUUGUCCAUGGGAGGAGGUGUUCUGUUCUUGUAUAUAGACUGUUUCGGUCCAUAGGAGGAGGGUGUAUAUAGAUGUUUGUCCCAUAUGGAGGAGGGUGUUCUAUAGAUGUGUCCAUGUGGAGGAGGUUUGUAUAAGAUGUUGUCCAUAUGGAGGAGGUGAUAUAUAGCUGUUGUUACAUGUGGAGGAGGUGUAUAUAGAUGUUGUCCAUGUGGAAGGAGGUGUACUAGAUUGGUGUCCAUGUGGAGGAGGUAUAUAGACUUGUCAUUAUGGAGGAGGUGAUAUAGAUGUUUGUCCUAUGGAGGAGGGUGUUGUACGUAGAUGUUGUCCAUGGGAGGAGCGUUUGUAUAUAGAUGUUGUCAAUAUGGAGGGAGGUUAUAUAUAGAGUUGUCAGAUGGAGGAGUUAUCAUAUAUAGAGAUGUUGGCCAUAUGGAGGAGGUGUUGUAUUGUAUAUAGAUGUGUCCAUAUGGAGGAGGUUGUAUAUGAUGUUUGUCCAUGGGGAGGAGGGUAUAUAGAGGUGGCCAUAUGGAGGAGGGUUGUAUGUAGAUGUUGUCAUAUGGAGGUGUUGUAUAUAGAUGUUGUCCAUGUGGAGGAGGUGGUUGUUAUAUAGAUGUUGGCCAUAUGGAGGCGGUAUAUAUAGUGUUGUCCACAUGGAGGAGGGUUUUGUAUAUAGAUGUUGUCAAAAUGGAGGGAGUGUUAUAGAUGAUUGUACAUAUGGAGGAGGGGAGCGUGUAUAUAGGAUGUUGUCCAUAUGGAGGGAGGGUAUAUUAGAGUUGUCCAAAUGGGGAGGAGGUGUACUAGAUUGUUGUCCAUAUGAGAGGGGGGUAUAUAGAGGUUGUACAUAUGGAGGAGGUGUGUUGUAUAAGAGAUGUGUCUCCAAAUGGAGGGGGUGUAUAUAGAUUGUUGUCCAUAUGGAGGCGGGUAUAAUAGAGGUUGGUCCAGUGGAGGAGGGUAUAUAUAGAUGCUUGUCCAUAUGGAUGAGGUUUAUAUAGAUGUUGUCCAUAUGGAGGAGGUGUUUGUUAUAUAGAUGAUUGUCCAGGUGGAGGAGGGUUGUAUAUAGGAGUUGUCCAUGUGGAGAGGUGGUUAUAUAUAAAUGUGGUCCAUAUGGAGGAGGGUAUAGAGUUGUACAUAUGGAGGGAGGGUGUAUAUCGAUGUUGUCCAUAUGGAGGAAAGGUGUAUUAGAUGUUGUCAUAUGGAGGAGGUUGUAUAUAGAUGUUGUCCCAUCUGGAGGAGGUGUUAUUAUAUAGAUGUUGUCCAUACGGAGGAGGGAUUAUAGAUGUGUCCAUGUGGAGGAGUGUCUAUAGAUGUUGUCCAUAGGAGAGGUGGUAGGUAUAUAUAGAUGGGUGGUUCAUAUGGGGAGUAUAUAUAGAUGUUGUCCAUGUGGAGGAGGUUUGUUGUUCUUGUAUAUGGUUGUAUAUAGAUGUUUGUCCAUAGGAGGAUGGUAUGGGAAGGAGGGGGUAUAUAUAGAUUUGUCAUAUGAGGAGGUGUAUAUAGAUUGUCCGUUAUGGAGGAGGUGUACAUAGAUGUUGUCCAUAUGGCGGGGAGGUAUAUAUAGGAUGUUGUCAGUCUGGAGGAGUUGUGUGUUAUAUAGAUGUUGUCAAUAUGGAGGAGGUGUUAUAUAGAUGUGUCCAUGUGGAGGAGGUAUAAUAGAUUUUGUCCAUAUGGGGAGGUUGUAUAUAGAUGUUGUCAGGUGAGGAGGUUGUAUAUAGAGGUUGUCCAUAUGGGAAGGUGGUUAUAUAUAGAUGUUGUCAUUGUGGAGGAGUUGGUAUAAUAGCUGUUGUCCAUCUGGAGGAGGAUAUAUAGAGUUUGUCCAUGUGGAGGAGAGGUAUAUAUAGAUGUUGUCCAUUAUGGAUGAGGUAUAUAUGGUUUGUCAUAUGGAGGGGUGUAUAUAGAUGGGUCCAUGUGAGAGGGGAGGUGUAUAAGAUGUUGUCCAUGUGGAGGAGGUAUAUAUAAUGUUGUCCAUAUGGAGGAGUAUAUAAGAUGUUGUCAAAUGGAGGAGGGUGUAUAUAGAUGUGUCCAUAUGAGGAGGUGUAUAUAGAGUGUCCUAUGGAGGACGGCAGGGAUAGAGAGGGUGGGAAAGAGGGAGUGACCUGGUCGGCCGGGAGAGAGAUGGGGAAAGAGGGAGGAUACCAGGGAGAGCAAGAGGGGGGAAAUGGCUCUAUUUUUAUGGAGGAACGGUGGGUAGAUAGAUGCGGGAAAGCAGGGAUGUGAGGAAGUAUAUAGAUCGUUGGAAAGAUGGAGGACAGAGGGAUGGUGGGGACAAGAUGUUGUCAAUGUGGAGGGAGGCAGGGUUGUAUAUAGAGUUGUCCAUAGGGAGGAGGUGGUAAUAGUGUUGUCCCUAUGGGGAGGUAUAUAUAGAGUUGUCCAUAUGGAGGAGGUUGGAUCCUGUAGAGAUGGUGGGCGAAACGUGGGAGGACUGUGAGCAGAGAGAGGGGGGCAAGGGGGCAGGAGGGCUGGGAUAUACGAGGGGAAAGGCAUGGAGAGGAUGGUGGGGCGUGUGUUGGGAUAUAGAGGUGGUAAGUAUGGAGGACGGGAUAAUAGAUUGUUGGUCCAUAUGGAGGGAGUUUUGUAUUAUAGAUGUUGUCCAUGUGGAGGAGGUGUAUAUAGAUGUUGUCCACAUGGAGGAGGUGUAUAUAGAUGUUGUCCAUAUGGAGGAGGUGUAUAUAGAUGUUGUCCAUGUGGAGGAGGUGUUUAAUCAUGAUGUGUCCAUAUGGAGGAGGGUUUGUAUAUGA